AUGGCUACUAAGAUUUCAAUUACCCGUGCAUUGGCCACAGUUAAAUCCAUGUCCAACGGUCUGAUGCUUAUUUCACUAACUCGCGGUACUGAUGAGUUCGCCCAAGAAGCUGGUUUCAAUGAUUCCGUUGGGGCGGUUUCUGAUGCGAUCAAAGAAAACUACCAGGGUUUACAAGAUAUCAUUCGUGUGCAUGAAGAUAUCCUUGCUAAAGUGAUCUUGUCCAACGAUACUACGCUUAUUACCGUAGCUGGCAAAGAAUACUCGAGUUCGUCUUUGGCAGCUUUCAGACCAAAGAUAACCGACUCACCCGUAAUACAUUCUGCAUCAGCAAAAGUCAAUGCGGUAGCAAUUAUUUGUACGGCAGAUGCACCAUUAUACUCCUCAAGUGACGAAACCACAGAGGCAGGGUUAACUUCAAGUUGGCCAAUUUCAAUAGCUGCCAUAACUCUAGCCUAUAACUCUUGCGAGAAACGCGAUAUUGUCAAAGCUUUGAAAGCCAACUACGAAUCGAUAUCUCGUCACAACGGUAACUCCAAUUUUGACCAGCGUGAAAAUACCGCGCGCACCGAAGCAUUCAACGGUACUAAGAAAGCCGAUGAAGCUUCCAUUGCUGUGUUCGUUAAUCCAGUUAUCGAACGUUAUCAGCCAGGCGUGCUGUAUCCGCUGGAGAUCAGCAAAGCACCCUUAAUAGCGGAAGGCGGUGAAUUGGAGACUUGGGACGUGGCUGAAAGUAUGCCAGCAAAUAACCGACGCUUACACUUUGGU